GACACCUAUUGUGCCGGGAAGCGAAAGCAACUUUGCGUGCAAGCCGUCGAGUACAUUUGCACGACUGACCCGGGUCAGUGUAGCAUGGGCGAUUGCCGCUGUGAGGAUUCAUCCCACGUCCGUAAGGAAAUGCAGACCGUCAACAGAUCUCUGUGCCAAGUGUGUGGACCUCCAGUGCCAAAUUGCCCCAUGUCUUCCGACUCGUGUGUCGCCGGUCCGUGCGAGUGCCCCGGAGGUUUCGUCAAGGUCAGCCAUGGUGACGAUUGCUUUAGCUGCACCGCGGGACCAGCGCCUCCAACAGGACCAGGAGUUGCAACUUUUUCAUCCUUGGCCUCAGCAAUCGUUUCGUUCCUUUGUUGUGUUGGCCUGGGAGUUGCUGUUGCCUGCGCGGCACGUCGAUGUUUCGUGGUCGAAGAUGCAGACAACACGGCUCGAGCUCGCCGUCGACGUCGAAAUGUCACGCCAAGGACAUGGUCUGAACGAUGGGCACUUCAUUUGGAAGAAGCUCUGGAGGCCGUUUGCAAGAGCACACGGUCCUGGAGGCCCUUCCGAUCAGCUACCGCUGCAGUGAUUAACUUCUUUGACAUGUGCGACGAUGCGUUAUUUCCUGUUUACGAAUUUUUGGAGACUGGCUUGGACUCAUUGCAGCGUGGUGCUGCAACCAUCGCCAAGGAAUAUUGCGGGCUGCCCUUGCCGUCUAUUGUUGCGACAGGGUGUAACUUUUUGGACACCUGCGAUGAUGCUCUAACAGCAGUGUAUGGUUUCCUCGAACGUGGCUUGGACGUGUUGCAACAGCGCGUUGCUGCCUUCUUCAAGGACGACCACGACAGGAGAGCGGUGAACGACUCCAAACCGGCAAGAAAAGACAGGGAGAGCCAGAGACACAAGGCUACUCCAAGGGCUUUCCAGCAUGCUCACGCAGAGAAGGAGCCCAUUCCGUGUGAAACACUUUCAACCCCGGAGGAGCCAAUGUUCGUAGCUCAGCGAGAAACUGUUCGUCCUGCGAAAACGCCUGCGGCAGCGACCAGCACAGUGCAGCGACUGCGACAGCGAAGGGAGGCGAAGGCCACCGCGGCCAUGAAAGCUGCACAACAAGCCGUGCAAACGCCUGCUGAACAGGAUCUACCGGUGGAUGACUCGUGGAUCGACGACAUAGAACGCAAAGAGGUCAAUCAGAAGGAGGCGAAUGGAGAACGGGCUGCUGCUUUGCGGAGGGAGCGCAAGCAUGCCGUCAGAGCACGGCGGGCUCGAAGCGAUAACGAAGGCAUGCAAGACACCGAAAACGACAAGACCGACGACCAGGAUCUUGGAGCUGGAGGUAAGAAGAGCGAGAGACAAGAUAAGCUCCUCAGUGAGGAACAUACCAUGCAAUUGGCUAACGGCAUCUUCCUGUUGGCAGAAGAAUCAGACACCGGAGCCGAGGAUGAAGUCCCUCAAGUCAAGAAGGCAGACAUGGAGGACCUGCAGCAGAAUUUGCCGCAUCAACUCGAUGGGUCCAAGUCAUAUGAAGUAGAAGAGGCGAGUGAGGGAGAAGGCUGGAUCAAAAGUUCUUCCAUGAAGGUGCGAGGUGCAAGGAGACGAGGUGAGAUGCAGGCGGAACAGGAGCCUGCUGCGGAGCCAGAUCCUCAGCCUCAAGCAGAGUCCAACAAGCGGCCUGCAGACCUUGAGCGCCCACAAAGCGAUGUAUCCCAACCAGACAAGACCCAGCCACAGACACCAACGAAGCAGCAGACAGCCGAUGCUCCAAACGGCUUGUCCAAGCGGCAGCGGCAACGAAUACGCCAGCGACAAGCCGGCGAAGAUGCACGGGCAUCUGGUCGCAAGCCAGAUCCACGGAAUGAGGCAGCUUCCAAGAUGGAGAAGGGAGAGCAAGCCAUGACGCUUCCUGCUCCGGAAUCGGCAACUCCCGUGGCAGUUGAAACGACAGAAGCUGAUGUCCCUGCAUCUCGUGCAGAGAAGGAGGCAGUGCAGGCAGAUGAGCUAGCACCGUCUUUUGCAGACAUCGUGGCAGGGAGACCGCCGAGGCCCCUUGGAGUGGAGCCUGAAAGUCCGAAGGCCAACAAGCACUUGCCAUUUGCAGCUGAUGCUCCCGACUUUGUGCCAAUGGCCACCAUGACUGAGAUGCCAUUCCAGGGCAUAGUCGCCUUCUUCCCCAUCCAGGGCUCGGAGGGUCCCAUGGGAUAUUGGACUCAAGCGCCUGUCGCUGAGGACAUGAUCAAUGGACCAUUUGUAUCUCCGGUUCAGUGGUCGUGGGACCCAAACUGCUUGCAGAGCAACAAGACUUCUUCGCCGAUAUACCAGCAAUUUGAUAAGAGCAAGCUGUGUGUUGAAAUUGCGUGCUUGCCGUCAGAGACAACAUCGUCCAGCCUCAAGAAACAACUUGAUGCAUGGGGUCUUGCAGGAUCAUUCGACUUCCUGCAUGUUGUGAACGGCACCGAUGGUCGCACUGCUUUUGUCAACUUUAUCGAUCCUGUUUUUGUCAUGCUGUUCUCCUGCAUUUGUCAGGAGUACAGCUUUCAGGGCAGCGUGUCUAUGUCCGACGUGCAUGGGCUUCAGGCUCUCAAGGCACAUUGGGCUCGCGAAGAAAAUCACAGCAACACUAGCCAGCCGGUGAUUCUCCCUGAUGCAAGACCGACUCAGUGGGCCGUGAAUGCGGUGAACCACAUGCUGUCGCCGCAUCCGCUGAAAUAUCAAUUCCGGAAGACGAAGAUGUGUGCAUACAACAAGAAGAAGAUGUGUGAAAUGGGUACAGACUGUCCCUUUGCGCACUCCAGAGGAGAGUUGCAGCCAAUGCCAGACUUGGCAAAGACCAAGAUGUGCUACAACUAUUUCCAGAGGAGAUGCGCAGAUGCCCACUGCAAGUUUGCACACGGCUCUGCAGAGCUGCGGUCUGUGUGGACGCGGAUGCCCUGUGGCACUUGGCCAGUGGAAGAGGCUUCCAACUGGAGCUGGGAUCCUCUCGGCGAGGAGAUUCAGCCACCCUGGAGCACUUCCAGCAAGAGCCGCGAUGAAGGCGACGCUGCUCUCUUCGAAACACUCCCCAGAGAAGGUAAAACACGAACAUCCAGUGACGAAGGGAACGUCAACGAUUUCGCAUUGCGUGUUCGAAACGGCUUCUUGGAAGUCAUGCAAGUGGAUACGGAUGACGAGGAAGACACUGGAAUGCAACAUUCAAUAAAGAGAUCCUUCAGCGACAGCCACAUCGCGACUCUCAAAGAGGCGAUGCACGAGGCAAGAGAUCUCUAA